AAACUACCACAGAGGACGAUAAUUUGCUAGAGAGCCAACAGCAGCCAACAAUAUAUGGCUUUAUUCCAUGGUUUCCAAACUGGUGGGUGAGGCAAAAAUGGACUCUUAUGCUGAGUUGCCUAUAGUCACUAUCCACAAGACUUCAAUUACAGACCCAUGUAAGAUAAAAUCUUAGAUCUCCCCUUCACCAUCCAAGAAGCACCCACAAAUCUCUUUCCUCUUCUUCUUGUUCUUCCUCCUCUUCUUUUCUAAACCAAGUUUAAACACAUGCUGAAAAUGUGACAGGAACCAAAGUUUCAGAACUUUUUCAAUCUUGCAGAAAACAGAACAUCCCCUGUUUCAGAAAUCUCAAUCUUUCUUUCUAUAAUGUCCCAGAAACUGUCUUUUUUCUUGUUUUUUCUCUUUUUUCUUUCGAACCCAGUUUUUUCCCAGCUAGAUGAGCUCUUCUCCCAUGGUUUUGAUCAUGCCAAGAGCAACAUGAGCAUAUAUGAUGGUGCUGAGAUUGAAGAUAAUGGCAUACUUCGCUUAACAAACGACACUCUCCGCUUGAAAGGCCAUGCUUUUUACUCCAAUAAAAUCCAAUUCAAGAACUCUAGCACUGGCAGAGCUCUCUCCUUCUCCACCGCCUUUGCUUUCGCCAUAGUUCCUGAAUACCCAAAGCUCGGCGGCCAUGGUUUUGCUUUCACCAUCUCUCCCUCAAAGGAGCUCCCAGGGUCUCUUCCAAGCCAGUACCUAGGCCUACUCAAUGCAAGCGAUAUUGGUAAUUUCUCCAAUCACAUCUUCGCAGUUGAAUUUGAUACAGUUAAAGAUUUUGAGUUUGGUGAUAUUAAUGAUAACCAUGUUGGUAUUGAUAUAAAUAGCAUGAUAUCAAAUAGAUCUGUUCCUGCUGCUUAUUUUCUUGAUAAUUCUACCAUGGUGAAUUUGACUCUCCAGAGUGGUAGGGCCUUUCAAGCUUGGGUUGAUUAUAACUCAACCCAGAAUCUAAUAGAGGUUAGGCUUUCACCUUCUUCCAUAAAACCAAGAUCUCCCAUCUUGUCUUUCGAAGUAGAUCUUUCUCCUUUCCUCCAAGAUUAUAUGUAUGUUGGGUUCUCUUCAUCAACCGGUUUGCUGGCAAGCACUCACUAUAUUCUUGGAUGGAGUUUUACUAUGAAUGGAAUGGCUCAAUCUUUAUCUCUAUCUUCUCUUCCUUCUCUUCCUGGGCCUAAAAAGAGUCACAAAGUGUUGAUUGCAGCUGUCACAUUUUCAGCUGUUUUGUUCAUAAUCUUGGUCGUUGCUAUGUCUUUUUACCUCAUUAGAAAGAUCAAGAAUGCAGAUGUGAUAGAGGAAUGGGAGUUCGAUGUUGGUCCUCAUAGGUUUUCUUAUCAAGAACUCAAGAAAGCAACAAGGGCCUUCAGAGACAAAGAGCUUCUUGGGUUUGGUGGAUUUGGCAAAGUUUAUAAAGGAACUCUACCAAAUUCUAGUACUCAAGUUGCAGUCAAGCGAAUCUCUCAUGAAUCUAAACAAGGUGUGAGGGAAUUUAUGUCUGAGAUUGCUAGUAUUGGUCGUCUUAGACACAGAAAUUUGGUUCAGUUGCUGGGUUGGUGUCGCCGGCGAGGUGACUUACUACUUGUCUAUGAUUUCAUGCCUAAUGGGAGCUUAGACAAGUACUUGUUUGAUGAGCCUCAAGCCAUUCUCAAGUGGGAACAAAGGUUCAAUAUUAUUAAAGAUGUUGCUUCUGGCCUUCUGUAUUUGCAUGAAGGAUGGGAACAGACUGUGAUUCAUAGAGACAUAAAGGCAGGCAAUGUGCUGUUAGAUUCUGAGCUAAAUGGAAGACUUGGUGACUUUGGCCUUGCCAAAUUAUAUGAGCGAGGCAGUAAUCCUAGCACCACUAGGGUGGUUGGCACUUUGGGUUACUUAGCACCCGAGCUAACAAGAACAGGCAAGCCUACUACUAGCACAGAUGUGUUUGCAUUUGGUGCACUACUGCUUGAAGUGGUGUGUGGAAGGAGACCUAUCGAACCUAAAGCGUUGCCUGAGGAGCUCAUUUUGGUGGACUGGGUGUGGGAGAAAUGGAAAAGUGGUGCAAUUCUCGACGUCGUGGAUCCAAGAUUGAAUGAUGAGUUUGAUGAGCUUGAGGCUGUUGUUGUGUUGAAAUUGGGGCUAAUGUGUUCCAACAACACACCCAACAUGAGGCCUUCAAUGAGGCAGGUUGUGAGGUAUCUAGAGGGAGAAGUGUCAUUGCCUGAGGUGGUUGCAGCCCCAGAUGCAUAUGAUGGGAAAAAGGGUGAUGGUGGUAGCGGUGGGGAGUUUGAAGAUUAUGUGCAUUCAUUUCCACUCUCAUCAAAUUUUGAGAAGCUCAGUACAUGGUCAUGUGGGGGUGAUCAUGGGGAUGUUGAUAUUGAAGCUGGUUCAACUUCUUUUCUUUCACAUUCUGAUAGAAAUGAAGGCAGAUAACCAUAGUGUAGAGCUAAAUUUUCACCUUUUAUAAUUUUUUUAGUCAUGAGAUUGGUUGUCUGUAUACAUAUUCAUUUUGAUUCUCUCUCCCCCUUUUUUUUUAAUGUAAAUUACUUGCUUGAUAUCCCAUUCAUGGGCUGUAAAUUUUCCAAGUAGAUAUUGUUUUUUUAUACAUUCACUGUGGGAAAUUUGACAUCUUUGAA